AUGCCGCCAAAACGCGAGCCCAUCCAAUCUGCCCUCGCGCCGCGGCCGCGGGGGAUAUUGAAGAACAAGCAGCCGGUGGCUGAAAACGCUAGUGGAUCGAGUCAGCUACACUGGGACGAGGGAAAUUUGGAUGUCAAUCAGUACGAGCGCGACAAUACAGCGGCGCGCAUGAAAAUCGACGAGCCCAAAACGCCGUUUGUGCAUAGCACCAGUGCGCCGCCGCUGGAAGAAGAGGGGUUUGAUCUCGAUAUGGAUCCAGAUGCGCGGCCACGUACUGCGUCUGUUGUGCGCGAUGACGAUCUCUUGGAUCGGGAGCAAGUCGCGGCAAAUACAAAGGCCAAUGCACAGCAAUCAGCAAGUGUGCCGCUCGUGGCGCCGCAUGCCGUGGCGCCUGCGCCAUCCUUUACCGAAAAAGGGACUCAGCAGCUCCACCACGCCGAGUUUCAGGAGAAGCGGCACCACCAUUAUGGGGACGAGGCGCAGGCACUAAAAAUGGCGGCGCAGCUUCCCGAGGAGGAGGACGAGUAG